AUGUCGGCGGCAGCGACCACGACCUCAACCACCACAACCCCGACCACCACGACGACCACGAUGACGGCGGAGGAGCGACGAGCUGCAAUGGAGCAGAGUUUCGACACGCAGAGCCGGGCGCGGCUGGGCCAGCUGCUGUCGGAGAGUCGCAAAAUGCACCGACGCAGCCUGUCGUUCAGCUACUGCCAGGCCCAGGGCGGGGGGCUGGAGACGCUGCUGCUGGCCUGCGAGGUGGCCGACCAGGUCAUGGCCAACCUCCGCACUUUUGCCCCCUCGUCCUACCACCACCAGCAGCAGCCGCCCCGGCCCCAGGUGGUCGAGGGGCCGAAGGAGGAGGGCAGCGGCGCCGAGAGCGGAGCAGAGUGGGAGCGGGUGAAGGAAAAGAACGAGAGCGAAGACGAAAAGGAAAAGAGCGAAGAAAAGAGCGAAGCGAAAGCGAAGGGCGUCGCGGACGACGGGAAAAGAACGAAGCGACACACGCGAAGCCUGUCGGAGAGCGGCAAGAAGGCGCAGGAGGAGCUGCGCGAGAAGAAGGAGAGCCUCGGCGACGAAGCGCGGAUCGCCGAAGAGCAGCGGAAGGAGCGGGAGCGGCUCGAGAGGGAGCGCAAGGAGCAGGAGGCGCUCGCGGCGAAGAACGAACGGCUCCUGCGGCUCUUUGUCAAACAGGAGCAGCAGUCGACGCCGGAGCCCACGGAGAGCGCCACAGCAGCGGCGAUGAACCGCCAAAAGAGCGAAAGCGACAGAGGAUUGACCACCACCAAAGAGCGAAAGCGAAGCGAGGAGCAGUCGGGCGGAGGCGGUGGCGACAAGACGCCGAGGGAACGGCGCCAGGCAGGCCAUCGGCAGCAGCACAGCGAGUGCGAGAGCGCGGUGGAGGAGAGCGAAGCGGAGGAGGACUGCACCAAAGCGCUGCGAAGCGGAAGCGACAUCGAGUCAGCGGAGGAGAUCAACCUCGGGGUGGAGGAGUGGGAGCGACAGCAGGAGGAGGACGAGGAGGGAGAGCUGUGGGAAGAUGCGGCGGGCGAUAAGGACCAGCAGCAGCAGAAGAAGAAGGUCAAACUGGCGCGGCUGAUGAAGAUCAAGCCCAAGAUCAUGAGCGGACGAAGGAAGAGCAAGAGGGAGGAAAGAGAGAAGGAGAAAGAGGAAGCGAAGAAGGUGAACGCGAAGAACACCGUUUUACUUCACUCUUCGCCCGUGUAG